CGAAUACGCCAGUCCGUACGCUCACGCUUAUCGGAGCGGGUGUCAGUCCGGUGUCAUCGUUGCGUUGUCGUAUCGCGCCGAUAUUUGGAUGUCUCCGAGUGUCUGAAAAAGGCUGACUGAAAAAAGAAUUUUCUUUGUGCUGUGAAUUUUUUUUCGCCAGCUAUUCUAUAGAUUUGUGGUGGGUUCGAGUUGAAUUGAGCUCGGAAAAGUGUUUUUCUUGUUGGUGCGACGCGCGCGGGCCCGUAGUGUGGUAGUGUCGAUUCGGUGGAUGGUGCGCCGCGAGCGGGCGCCGGGGUGCGGCCGGCGGCGCCGCUAGCAAAAUGUCGAUACCCCUGGGCCGGGAGACUGUCCUCCCCACGCAGUGCAUGGCGCGAGCACUAUACGACAACAUAGCGGAGUCACCGGACGAGUUGGCGUUCCGGCGCGGCGAUUUGCUCACCGUGCUGGAGCAGAACACCGGCGGCAGCGAGGGAUGGUGGCUCUGUUCGCUGAGAGGGAGACAGGGAAUAUGUCCGGGGAACAGACUGCGGAUCGUGGCGGGGGUGUUCGACGCCAGCUCCGCCAUGCAGAGGCGACGGACGCGCACCCCCGCGCCUGUCGCACACCAGCCCCUGCCUGCGCAGUUGUCGCCCGCCUUCACUAAAAUUGAAGAAUGCUCACACUACGACGUACCCCGUGCGCCGAUGCCGGUACAACGUAUCAUCGGGACGUACGACUGCCCAAGGCUGGCUACAGACUUGUACGACGCCCCGAGAGCGCCGCGGCCGGCGAGCGCGGACUCCGCGUGUAGCGGCACAGGAUCGCUGACGUCAGCUACGUCUAGUGCGUCCGCCAACUCCGGAAGUUCCGCACAUUCGGCACAUUCUGCCGCAUCCGCGUCCAGUACGUACGACGUGCCGCGGACGCGAGCGCUACCUUUACCUUGUGAUGCGGCGUUGGAAGCUCUGGAAAGGCUACAGGAGGAAGCAUCAGCGGCAGUAUCCCGGCUCCUAUCCUACGUGUCCCCGGGCUGGCGGCGCCGGGGCGCGCUGCGACCGCGAGUGUUGGACGUGCGCGUGGCGGGCGCUCGACUGCGGGCGGCCUUACACGACCUCGCCGUCUUCGCCGACGCUACACUGGCCAACGCGCAUGAUGCCCAAGACAAAGGUAUCGCAGUAAAGCUACGGCCGCUAGUGAAGGCACUGAAGGACGCGGAGCGCAUCACGCACGAGGCGACCAGCGCGCUGGAUGCGGGCGACUGGGCGCCCGAGCGGCUGGAGCGCGAGCGCGAGCCGACCGACGGCACGCAGGACGCGUUGGACCAGCUCGUGGCGUGUGCGCGCUCCUUGACUGAGGACGUGCGGCGCGCGGCGUCUUUCAUACACGGGAACGCUUCCUUGUUGUUCAGGCGAUCGGCAGCGGUCCCGGAACAUGAAUGGACUGAAGAGUACGACUACGUGCGGCUAGAGUCCAGAACAGCGGUGGGCAGACGGAACGCCGAGAUCCGGGCGGCACUGCCGGACAAACUGAGGGCUUCCUUCGACGCGCUCGUACGAGAUGCCGAUCAUGCGGGCGAGGUCAGCGCGGUAGCCGCAGCCACGAGAUUACCUCCAGAUGAUCGGCAACUCGCGGCGUUCUAUGCGGCACAGACCGCCACAUACGGUGCCCAUUUGUCCACGGCAGUGGAAGCGUUUCUACGGACCAUUGAGAUGGGACAACCCCCUGAUGUCUUCCUCGCUCACGGCAAAUUCGUUGUCCUGAGCGCCCAUAGAAUAGUUCACGUUGGCGACAUUGUUCAUAGGAGUGCACAACACGCCGGCCUCAAAGCGAAGAUACUUCGCUGUUCCGAUGCGUUAUCAGAUGCGCUAGCUGCAACCGUUGCAAAGACGAAAGCGGCGGCACUACAGUUUCCUUGCGCGAGCGCUGUCGCGGAAAUGGCUGAAUCUGCGCGAACACUCGCGUCAAGAGCACAAGAACUACGCAGAGCUUUAAUACGAGCUGCGGAACCUCCUCAGGACUCUACCCCGGGCACGACCGUUCCUCCUUCAUCGACUACAACUCCUCUAACUCCGCUGACACCCAUAGCUCCACUCACAAUUGGCACGCCGUCGCUUCCAGUACUAUAAGCUAUACCGACUGAUAGCUGAAUUCAAAGCUGUGAUAGUUAUCUGAUGAGCGAAGUAGCUGAUAAAGAAGUAUUGUCAUCAAGCGAUAAAUGCACAAGUAAACUUCUAGAACGAUGGCCCUAAGAGAUUGUUCAAGCAAGGAGCUGCAUUGUCAAGAACUAAUAUAUAGGAUAAUGCGUAAAUGUUCCUUUUGGCUUGGCAGACGUUAGAUUGUGGAUGAAGAGUUUAUGUAGACUCUUGAAUGUUUAUGGUAACGUUACUUAUCGUGUUGGUUUGUUGCUGCUAAAUUGGCUGGAACUAAUUUUACUGAUCGUGUACUUAAAGUGACGGAAGAGUGAUGUAUAGAUUUUAAUGUUGUGUAUACUGGUUUGAAUAUUAUUUUGUGAAAACGUGCUGGACACUGAAUAAGUUGUAUGACCAAUCGGAUGGGAGGCUGGUACACCUCCAUAAUAAAAACACAUUUACCAAAGACCUAUUAUUAUACGCACAUCAUAAAUCAACGUAGACUGCCAACAGAACGAAUACACUAAAUAAAGUUUCUAUUAAUAUUAACAUUUUAUAUUAUACUAAUUACUUACAAUAAAACGAAGGCUGCCGAUAGUUUAAUUUGGAAAGGUUUUUGAAUUUAUAUACGCAAGUUUUAAAUUGCUGGAUGCUCAUUUGCGGUAGUGAGUUGAGUUAUCCGUCCAGUUUUAUACAAUGUUUCAAUUUUAACAAGUAUUAUAAAAUGUAGCGUAUGAAUUUAUUGCGUAAACGUCGUAAAUUAAUUCGAUUAAAUAAAUGUGUAAACGUUACAAAAUAUGCUUGUAAAUAUCACUUGGAGAUCUACUGUUAGUCUCUAAAUUCGUUAGAUCGUGUAAUUUUUCUAUAAUAACCAUUUUACCUACCAUUAUUAACUUUGAAAUGUUGUGAUGCUGCCAUGAAGUUACGAUUAGAGAACUUGGUCGCUGCGAAUCGAAUGUUCCUUGAACAGUUGUAGUACUAAACGUAUCACUUUGUGCUUAUUUUUGCUAAAAUAUGUGACAAUUAAUGUUAACUUAAUUUGAGAUGGUCAUGACUGAUUUUAUUAACAUUUUGGCUCAAUUCUUAUAAUUUUACCUACCAGUGGAUCUUAAGAUUCAUCUCACUACAUAUAUAAUAUGUAUAUUAGAACCUUAUCGUCUAUACCUGCUAUGUGAAUGUAUUUAAAAGUUCCAAUUAGGAAUAAUAUUUAUUAAGUGAUAAACAACGUCGAAGAGCAAGAAGGACCAAGUUAUUUGCUAGACUGCAAAAUUAUUGCUUUCCGCGUGUAUUUAAAGCAAAGGAUUCUAAGAUUCAAAAUAGAAUCCUGUGCGAAGCAAGGGAUUCAAUGGCAUGGGAUGCAAAUAAUUUUGCGGCCGUGCUCAGCAAACUCCUUGUUAUCUCACUACAAGUAUAAUGAAUAAAUGCCAUGAAUAAUCAAAUUAGAAUCACUUUCUACGCUAGUGUGUAAAAAAGAAUAUGCGCGCCGGUUUAAGCUACAAAUAUAGCUUUUCCUAGCUGGUGAGGUGAAAGCAUAGAAGAUAUAUACUCUGUUUGAAGACAUUAUCUUGUACCAAUCGAGAACGUGAGGUAAAUGGUUAGAAUUUUUUAUAUAAUGGCAUACCUUUGCCUGUGUGGAGUGAAAAUUACACAAUUCUUCAUCAUUAAUUACAACAAAAAUAAUCAAUUCUUAAUCUUAUGAAUUCAUAACAUUGUAGCACCAUUUUAUAGAUCAAUUUUUUUAAUUAAUUGCGGCAUUUCGAAUUUGCGAGUAAAUUUCUAAAUAAUUAAAAAAAUUGCAGAAUACCGUUUUUUUCAGUAGACUACUCAUAGCCAUUGAAAAUAUUGAUUCUGAAAUCUAAAUAGAUAUCCAAUUAUACAACAAAUUUGAUUACCUAUCAUGUCCUUGAUUUAGCAUUUGUUUAUCUCUACUAGGUUUGGAGUUUAAAUCACAACAAGUACAUUUUGUUAAACCAUCUAUGACGAAAUUGAAUUUUUAUUUUUAAUGUUUUCUAAACCAUUUAAUUAAUCAGAGAUGGACGUUAAGAGUAGGUACUGUAAUACAUUUUUAACUUGAUAAUACGUUCAGUUACCGUUCUUCAGAUUCAAAUGUACCUAACCCAAAGUACAGUUUUAAUUUUUUAAUGCAACUGACAAGUUAAGUAAGUGCUAUAUUUUAACUGCAACCGGGUUAAACGAGCAAUAACACUAGUUUGAAUUUGAAAUCGGCUUAUUUACGUCAAGAUUGUUCAAAAUCGUUCAGUUCUAGAUAUUGAACUAUCUAGGACUGAAUGAUUUUGAACAAUCUUGACAGGGCAUACAGAUUGUACGUGUCAAUAAUUUGUAAUUUAUAAAUAUUGCAAUAGUUUGCCGUAGAUACGUUAUAUCAAUGUAAAAAGCAUGUUGUAUAUUAGCAAUGUGUAAUAUAUUUCCUAGAUGUCGUAGUUUAGUUAGGUAUAGAUGAAAAUUGUACAAAUGCAUAUUAUUAAAAAUAAUAAUUUUA